CAUGCCCCCCCCCCCGUCCUUCUCCUCCUCCUCCUCAUCUGGACGGAGUCCUUCACGAACCUUAAAUCCAAGUUGUAACCUUCGCAGUUGCGGUGAACGUGCGCUGCUCCGGGUUGGCGGCGCGCUCGGUCCUCACAGACACAGCAAGCCCGCUCUCACACACGCAGCCGUUGCGGAAGCUCGGAGCAGCCGAGGCGGCGCUAAAACCUAUUAGCAUACUAACCAGUUCUGGGUGGAUGGACGGCUGAACUGAACCUCCCGGACCGAACCGACACCGUCUGACAACCAACAACACUCCGCCGGCACAGGCCUAAUUUUGUUGGGAUUCUGCUGCCGUCCGCCUGCCGAGGAGAUGGGGGACAAGGCGGGCACCAGAGUCUUCAAGAAGUCCAGUCCGAACUGCAAGCUCACAGUCUACCUGGGGAAGCGGGACUUUGUGGACCACUUGGACCACGUGGACCCAGUGGAUGGAGUGAUCCUGGUGGACCCGGAGUACCUGAAGGACAGGAAAGUCUUCGUCACGCUGACCUGCGCCUUCCGGUACGGCCGGGAGGACCUGGACGUCCUGGGCCUGUCCUUCAGGAAGGACCUGUACAUCUCCACCUUCCAGGCAUUCCCUCCAGUUCCUGAAGAGAAGAAAGCCAACAGCCGGCUGCAGGAGCGUCUACUGAAGAAGCUGGGCCAGCACGCCCAUCCUUUCUACUUCACAAUCCCUCAGAGCCUGCCAUGUUCGGUCACCCUGCAACCCGGACCAGAGGACACUGGGAAGGCUUGCGGUGUGGACUUUGAGAUCAGAGCUUUCUGUGCCAAGUCCAUAGAGGAGAAGAUCCACAAGAGAAACUCGGUGCGCCUGGUGAUCAGGAAAGUCCAGUAUGCCCCAGAGAAGCCGGGCCCUCAGCCCAUGGUGGAGACGACCCGGAGCUUCCUGAUGUCAGACCGCUCCCUGCACCUGGAGGCGUCGCUGGAUAAGGAGCUGUACUACCACGGCGAGCCCAUCAGCGUGAACGUUCACGUCACCAACAACUCCACCAAGACAGUGAAGAGAGUCAAGAUCUCAGUGCGCCAAUACGCCGACAUCUGCCUGUUCAGCACCGCCCAGUAUAAAUGCCCAGUGGCCCAGCUGGAGGCAGAUGACCAGGUGUCGUCCAGCUCCACCUUCUGUAAGGUGUACACUCUGACUCCGACGCUGGAUAAGAACCGGGAGAAGAGAGGCCUGGCUCUGGAUGGGAAGCUGAAGCACGAAGAUACCAACCUGGCCUCCUCCACCAUAGUGAAGGACGUGACCAACAAGGAAGUUCUGGGCAUCCUGGUGUCCUACAGGGUCAAGGUCAAGCUGGUGGUGUCACGUGGAGGGGACGUGUCGGUUGAGCUGCCCUUCAUCUUGAUGCAUCCCAAACCCGUGGAGCCGCCCGCGUCCCGCCCACAGUCAGCCGUGCCGGACUCGGACCCACCCAUCGACACCAACCUCAUCGAGUUUGACACCAACAGCGUCUCCCAGGACGACGACUUCGUCUUUGAGGACUUCGCCCGCCUACGCCUCAAAGGCGUCGUGGACGACAAGGACGAGGACUGCUAGGAGGACGCCUCACGCUCGCUUCAACACACACACUGAUACAUACACACUGAUACACACACACACUGAUACACACCGACACGCUUCAUCACCUUACAUUCCCCAUCAGGGGGCGGGUGAGAGCUGGACUGCAUUGAGGCUCUUGGUUCUUCUUCUUCUCUUGUUUCAACUCCUUAUCCCCCCAUAAUUCCUCCUCCUUUUCUUCAGUGGGCGGGACUUAGAGCUGGCCACUUCCUGUUAGGUGUUUCUGAAUGUGGAUUGGUUUUGUCUCAAACCAGCGUUCCCCUGUCCUCUGUGCUGCUCCAGUUCAGCUUCAGACUGGGAACUAGUAGUACCAGUCAGUUGGGCAGCAGGAGCCAAUGGUCAGCCUGUAGCUGAGCAGAGAUCUGCUGCCCCCUGGUGGCCAAUCCAAGUCACUGAUGUUGUUCUUUUGGUGUCUCAAGUUCAGGAGUCAGAAUCCGGUUCCUCCCAGUCCUAUGAUCAACACCAGCGUUCCCAGUCCUGUUUCAUUCCACGUGGACCAGCUGAACCGGUCUGGUCUGGUACAGCUCCUGUUGGUGGCUUGGUGAAGGAAGUGGAGGUUCUUCCUGAUGGUGCCAAUCAGAACCAGAACAAAUCUGACUGGUUCCUGUUUUUAGAGGAGAAUCUAAAAAGUUCUGAUGUUCAACGUAAACGGGUUUGCAACCUGAAGAGUUCUGGUCGGUUCUGGUCCUUUAGAAUAUUGUCCCCUUUUCAGCACCAAAUGUUUUGGGUUUUCGGGUUGGAGAUGAGGUUCUGUCAGAAUCUAGAUGUUUGUUCUGGAGCUGAAUCAGGGUAGUUGAGUUGUUUCUAGACAGAACGGGUUCUGAUCUGAUUGGGUUCCUCCAGCUAGACCUGAGCCUCCAUCAGUCAGUUCUCCUGUCGCCCCGCCACACCGACCUGUUCAGAACCGAGCCCCUCUCAGCCGGCCCUCCGACCCGCCCGUCCGGCCUCGCUCACCAAGAAGAAGAAGGUUUUUUUGUUCCCACGCCGUGCUGUGAAUCGUUGGAGCUGUGAUUCUGUCCUGGUUUCGUCGUGCUCUGUGGGGUUCCUUCGCUCUACGUGUAAACAGUGCCACCCCCUGGCCGCUGCCACGCCCUGGGCUACCGCCACGCCCUGGACCGCCAACGCCGCCCUCUGGGCCGACGCUGCCCUUUGGGCCGCCGCCAUGCUUAUGUCUAUACAAAAAGAGAAGUGAUCUGGAAACAUAGAGUUCUUCUUCUAUUAUUAUUAUUAUAUUAUUAUUAUUAUUAUUCUGCUUCUGAUUAUUAUUAUUAUGGUGACUUAUUACUGCUACUGUAUCAUCAGCGACCAUGAUUAUCCUCAUAAUCAGUUCAGAGUCUGUUUGCCAUGUAUUUUUUAUUUUCAGAUUUUUAUUUAGUUUUCUUUUUAUUAUUAAAGUGAAAUGAACUAACAGUC